UUAGUUUUAAAUGAGCUACUGUCUCCUGGGUGAUGGAGACAAUCAUCUCCCACAGCAACUAAAUGAUUAUUUUUGAAAACCAAACAAAAUCACAAGCUUACCAAAUAAAAAUCCGGCCAUACGUGCCUGGCAAACCUUCCAACAAUCAGCUGGCGAGUUUUUUUUUUAUUUUCUUACCGAAAUAUGAAAUAGUCUAGCGGCAAAAAUGAGGAGGAAAGCCACAGCCAAAUGCGCAAAGGGAAAUACCAACAUUAAAGCAAGAGAAAAUACUCAGCUAAAGGUAAUAAAACAAAUAGGACGACCUACCAAAACUCCGACAGGGAAAGGCCUUGGAAAAGCAGGAGCCAAGCGUUUGGGCCGACUUCUAAAACGAGCCAUCCAGGACCCGGAGGAGUCCACCGCAACGGGAAAAGUUUCUCUGCCAAAGACUCCUGUUCGCCUUUUCAAGCAUCAGAUUCAAACUAAGGCUGAAAAUGCACCAAAGACAAACACUUCAAUACCGGCCUCGCAUCAUGUUCCCCAGCUCAUCCUCAAUGUUGUUUCCCAGUGCAAACACCGAGGUGGCAUCUCCAUGGCAGAGCUCAAGCAGACUUUGGCUGCUGGAGGCUACAAUGUCACCAAGAACAACAGGCGGGUGAACGUGGCGACUCAAAGACUGAUUAACAACGACAAACUUGUACGAACUACAAGGAAUGUAACGUUCAGACUCAACAAUGAGAAACAAACAAGCGGUGUGGUAUCGCCACAACUGAAAGGAGUUCUGAAGAAGAGCACAACCGCCACCAAAUCCUCCCAAGAAGCAGAAAAUUCACAGAGACAGGCCAAAAAGACUCCCAAACAAACAGACAAGACUCGUAAGCCAGCCGCCAAAUUACCAAAACGCAAGACUCUGAAGCCAGCAGCCAAAUCACCAAAACCAAAACGCAAGACUCGUAACCCAGCAGCUAAAUCACCAAAACCAAAAGGCAAGACUCUGAAGCCAGCAGCCAAAUCACCAAAACCAAAACGCAAGACUCGUAAGCCAGCAGCUAAAUCACCAAAACCAAAAGGCAAGACUCGUAAGCCAGCAGCUAAAUCACCAAAACCAAGACAGCAGACACCCAAAGCAAGAAGAAAAUCACCAAAGCCAACAGGGAAGAAAAGCAGAUCUGAAACGAAAUGCGUGGCACGGGUUCGAAAGGCACCAAGGAAGGCUCAAAGAGCUCAGAGACGUCGACCAAAGCAAAACCAGCAUCCGUAUAAAUCUUCCCGGAAAAGCCAGCAACCAAGGCCAAGAUUAAAAACACAACGUCGAGUUACCAGGAGAAGAGCUUACUACUAUUAGCAUUUAGAUUAUUUAAUGGUGAGCAGUAAUAAACUCAAACUUUUCUAGCACCCUGAAA